AUGGCACCUAUUGCCAUAUCUCCCGAACGAGACGGUCAGUUGGACUCACUGGAGACUCUGACUGCCAAGUUCGAUGACACAAUCCGCUUCUAUCUCAAUGGAACCAAAGUCAUUCUCGACGACAUCGAUCCUGAAAUCACAGUUCUCGAGUACCUAAGAGGCAUUGGUCUGACUGGAACCAAACUUGUCAACGCCUGCCUGGCACCUCUUGUAAGUCUCGAUGGCAAACAUGUCGUUACCAUUGAGGGGAUUGGCAACACAAAGAACCCGCAUCCCACUCAAGAACGGGUGGCCAAGUCUCAUGGAAGCCAGUGCGGCUUCUGUACGCCGGGCAUUGUCAUGAGUUUAUAUGCUCUGCUGCGGAAUAACUCCAACCCAACCAAGGAUGAAAUGGAAGAAGCUUUUGACGGCAACCUGUGUCGGUGCACAGGAUACAGGUCUAUUCUCGACGCAGCUCACACCUUCAGCGCCGAGAACUCGUGUGGCAAGGCCAAGACCAACGGCGGUGGCGGGUGCUGUAUGGAGAACGGGAAUGGUAAGCCCGAAGGGGGUUGUUGUAUGGACAAAAUGAACAACGACCAGCCUAUCAAGCGAUUCACUCCUCCGGGAUUCAUCGAAUACAACCCUGAUACGGAGCUCAUCUUCCCUCCGGCUCUGAAGAAGCACGAACUGCGGCCCCUCGCUUUCGGUAAUAAGCGAAAGAAGUGGUUCCGGCCUGUCACCCUGGAUCAGCUUCUCCAGAUCAAGAGUGUGCAUCCCCAAGCCAAGAUCAUUGGUGGAAGCACUGAGACGCAGAUCGAAAUCAAAUUCAAGGCACUGCAGUACCCCGUGUCAGUCUAUGUCGGCGACAUUGCCGAGUUGCGGCAGUACGAGUUCAAGGACGAUCACCUCGAAAUUGGCGGCAACGUAACUCUGACAGAUUUCGAGCACAUCUGCGAAGAAGCCAUCAAACGCUAUGGAAAUGAAAGGUCGCAGGUUUUUCAGGGAAUCCUCAAGCAACUAAAGUAUUUUGCUGGACGGCAGAUCAGAAACGUCGGGACUCCCGCAGGAAAUCUGGUCACCGCUUCGCCCAUAUCUGAUUUGAACCCAGCCUUAUGGGGUGCCAAUGCUGUUUUGGUGGCCAAGUCUGCGACUCAGGAGACAGAGAUCCCAUUAUCUCAGUUCUUCACAGGGUACCGAAGAACGGCGCUUGCUCAAGAUGCCAUCAUCGCAUCCCUCAGGAUUCCCGUAACGGCAGCCAAGGGAGAAUUUUACCGAGCUUAUAAGCAGGCGAAACGAAAAGAUGACGACAUUGCAAUUGUUACCGCGGCACUGAGGGUAAAAUUGGACGACGACGGUGUUGUAACAGAUUGCAACCUCAUAUAUGGCGGCAUGGCUGCCAUGACCGUCUCGGCAAAGACCGCGGCAGAGUACCUGGUUGGAAAGCGCCUCGCUGAGCUGGAGACGCUUGAAGGGACCAUGAGUGCGCUCGGAAAGGAUUUUGAUCUCCAGUUCAGCGUCCCCGGUGGCAUGGCAUCUUAUCGAAAAGCGCUGGCCCUAGGCUUCUUCUACCGCUUCUACCACGACGUCCUCGCCAUCCUCAAUGGGGAAACCGAGCAUGUUGAUAAGGAGGCCAUUGAUGAGAUUGAACGAUCCAUUUCCACUGGCCGAACUGAUCCUCACACGGCAGCCGCAUACGAACAGGCCGUCACGGGCAAAUCGAACCCUCAUGUUGCCGCACUGAAGCAAACGACUGGUGAGGCCCAGUACACGGACGAUAUCCCUCCUAUGAAGAACGAAUUGUACGGGUGUUGGGUACUAUCGACUAGAGCGCAUGCAAAGAUCAAAUCCAUCGACUAUUCUGUUGCACUCGACAUGCCCGGCGUAGUGGACUAUGUCGAUAGUUCCGAUAUGCCCUCUCAAGCAGCCAAUCGAUUUGGACCGCCCAACUUUGAUGAACUUUUCUUCGCCGAGGGUGAAGUACUUACAGCUGGCCAGGCCAUCGCCAUGAUCCUUGCCACGUCGGCUUCAAAGGCCCAAGAAGCGGCAAGAGCCGUCAAGGUGGAAUACGAGGAUUUGCCGGCCAUCCUCACGAUUGAGGACGCCAUCCAACAAGAUAGCUUCCACCCAUGCUUUCGCGAGAUCAAGACUGGAGACGUUGAAGAAGCUUUCAAAGGUUGCGACUAUGUCUUUACAGGUACCGCACGGAUGGGCGGUCAAGAGCACUUUUACCUCGAAACCAAUGCAUGCGUCGUCGUUCCCAGUCCAGAAGACGGAGCAAUGGAGAUUUUCGCCAGCACACAGAAUCCGACUGAAACCCAAACAUUUGCCGCUCGUGUCUGCAAUGUACCCGCAAAUAAAGUCGUCGUCCGUGUCAAGAGACUCGGAGGUGGCUUUGGUGGCAAGGAGACUCGAUCCAUCAUCCUCAGCUCGGCCGUGGCUCUUGCGGCCAAGAAGACCAAGAGGCCGAUCCGCUGCAUGUUGACACGAGAGGAGGACAUGCUCACCAUGGGUCAAAGACAUCCGUUCCUCGGAAAGUACAAGGUUGGCUUCAACAAGGACGGAAAGAUUCAGGCUCUCGAUGUCGACAUUUUCAACAAUGCUGGCUGGACUUUUGAUCUCAGCGCGGCGGUGCUUGAGCGAGCAGUAACGCACGUCGAUGGGUGCUACCGCAUUCCCAACACACACGUCCGCGGCCGCGUUUGUAAGACCAACACUGUCUCCAACACGGCAUUCCGUGGCUUUGGUGGACCUCAGGGCAUGUUCAUUAUCGAGACUUGUAUGGAGGAGGCCGCAGAUCGUUUAGGCAUUCCCAUUGACAAGCUACGAGAAAUCAACUUUUACAAACCUCUUGAGCCGACGCACUUCAACCAGCCCGUCACGGAUUGGCACGUUCCACUCAUGUACAAGCAAGUGCAGGAAGAGUCCAAUUUCCAAGAGCGCAAGGCUGCCGUCGAUCGCUUCAACGAGACUCACAAGUGGCGCAAGAGGGGAAUAUCCCUGAUUCCCACCAAGUUUGGAAUCUCGUUCACGGCUCUCUUCCUCAACCAGGCGGGAGCGCUGGUGCACAUUUACCACGAUGGCUCUAUCUUGGUAGCCCAUGGAGGUACUGAGAUGGGCCAAGGACUGCACACCAAGAUGACCCAGAUUGCCGCACAAGCUCUCAAGGUCCCCUUUGAUGAUGUCUUUAUUUCGGAAACUUCCACUAACACAGUCGCCAAUACCUCCUCAACAGCGGCGUCUGCAUCCUCCGAUCUUAACGGGUAUGCAAUCUUCAACGCUUGUGAACAGCUCAACGAGCGUCUUGCCCCCUAUCGAGAGAAACUUGGCCCGCAAGCAACGAUGAAGGAGCUAGCCAAUGCAGCCUAUUUCGAUCGCGUCAACCUGUCCGCCCAGGGUUUCUACAAGACUCCUGAGAUUGGGUACACCUGGGGCGAGAAUAAGGGCAAGAUGUACUUUUAUUUCACACAGGGAGUUGCCGCUGCAGAGGUUGAAAUCGAUGUCCUGACUGGCUCGUCAACCUGCCUCCGGGCAGAUAUCAAGAUGGAUAUCGGCCAGUCCAUCAACCCAGCAAUCGACUAUGGCCAAAUCCAAGGCGCUUUCAUGCAGGGCUUCGGGCUCUUCACGAUGGAAGAGUCUCUGUGGUUACGAAACGGCGCCAUGGCCGGCAACCUAUUCACACGCGGCCCCGGAGCGUAUAAGAUUCCAGGCUUCCGCGAUAUUCCUCAGGAAUUCAAUGUGACGCUCCUCAAGGACGUUGAGUGGAAGGAUUUGCGUACGAUUCAGCGCAGCAGAGGUGUGGGUGAGCCUCCGCUCUUCAUGGGCAGCUCCGUCUUCUUCGCCAUCCGGCAUGCGCUCAAGGCGGCGAGGAAGGACGCUGGAGUCGAAGCCCUGGUAGGGAAAGAUGAUAGCGAGGGCCUCCUUAGGCUGGAGAGCCCAGCAACGCCCGAGAGGAUCCGGUUGAUGUGUGAAGAUGAAAUCAUGAGAAAGGCCCGAGUGCUUCCCAAGGAGGGUGAAAAGGGCUUCUUUGUGGCCAUAUGA